AUGUUUCAGCCUCAACCCACGCCCUACUCCGCCUCGUCCUUUGCUUCCUAUCCGUAUGGCUUAGGCGCCGCCCACAGCCUCGACUUUUUGUUCCCCACGGGCGGAGCAGGCAGCAUAGCAGCUGGAGGAGUUGGAGCAGCUGGAGGAGUUGGAGCUUCAGCUGGAGUUGGAGCUGGAGCUGGCCCUGGAAGCGCUCUCGGGCCAGCAUCUUGCGGUGCUCUCUACAAUCCAUACAGCUCCCCGUCUCCGCAUUCACAGUUGCAGCACCACCACCAUCAGCCUCUGCCCCAGCGGCGGCGACUCAAUCGAUCCGGCAGUCCAAUCAUCAAGAUGGAGGAGCAGGACUCGGGGCUGCACGACAUGGCCGCGCAACAGGCGGCGGCCGAGCGAUUCCAGCCGGGUCUCGAGGGACCGUUCGUCGGCGAAAAGACCCCAAGCGAUGCCAUCACCCAGGAAUACGCAAAGGCCGACCCUGUCUAUAUCGAAAAGACCAUCAAGAAUAAGAAACAGAAAGAGGAAACGUUGAGCAUCGAUGCUGACCAGCUUCUUUCCCCGCCGCAGGCUCUACCACAGACAUACUCCCACUACCGCCAGAUCAAGGGCGAUGGAAACUGCGGAUGGCGCGCAAUUGCCUUUGCAUACUACGAAAAGCUCAUUGAUCUCGGAGAUCAAGGCCAGAUCGAGGGCGAGGUGGCUCGUCUCAUGAGCCUCGGCCACAUGAUCUCCAACAUCGGCCGCUACGAAUAUCACGAAGAUUUCGCCGAAGAGGCGCACAACUUGCUGCGGGACAUUGCCGCCAACAUAGCCAACCCGGGCUUGGCUCGAGUGAUUUUGCUCCAGCGCUUCAACGACAGCACCAUCGAGGCCAACAUCAUCUACUAUUUCCGCAUACUGGCGGCCACCUCCCUCAAGGCGAAUGCAGCCACCUACGAUGACUUUGCUGCUGAUUUCGGCGGCAUUGCAAACUACUGCUCGCAGGCCAUCGACAUCGUUAACCGCGAGAUUGAGCACCUCGGCAUCAUUGGCCUGGCCAACCUGUUGCUCAAGCCAAUCGACUUUGUCUUAGAAAUCGCAUACCUAGACCGCAGCCCCGGAAACCAAGUCAACCGCUACCGGUUUCCGGAAGAGGCCAACCAGCAAGACACGGUUCUCGGGCCCACGCUGUAUCUGCUCUACCGUCCCGACCACUACGACAUUCUCUAUCGAGCACCGCCCGUCCAGGCUCCCGCUCCGCCAGCCAUACCAGUCUCCGUUCCUGCGCCUUCUAGCUCUGCCGAUAUACAGAUACACCGGGUGGACGGCUUCACGAACAACCUCACCAUCAACCCAACGGGUUUCAUGGGUAACAUGAAUAUGCUUGCCACGCUGCCAGGCUUCGGCAUGAACUCGCUGAACUCGCUGGGUCAACUGAGCGUGGGCGGAUUGGGUGAGUUGAGCGUGAGCGGCAUGUCCCCUUUGACGUCACCGCCGCCAGCGGCCAGCCCCGUUGGCGAACCCUUUGUGCCGUCGCAGCAGUCCGGUUCCUGGGAGCCACAGUAUCCCGAGGUGUCACAACAGCAGCCACCGCCGUCCACGCUUCCUCCCUCUUCCGCGGUGGCGGUUAGCCCCAUGACUCCGAGCGCCUCAAUGACACCCAGCCCUACCACGAGGAGUAGCAGUAUUAGCAGUCUUCUCCCUUCGAACCCUCCGGCACAGCCUGUAGCUUCCCCGUCGGGAUACCACAUACGGUUCAGCCCCGUCCAGCUGGAGUAUGAAGAGAGCAACCGCACUGGUAUCCGGGAGCCUGUCUUUCAAACGACGCAGAGCACCACGUUCAAGAACAGCGUAUGGAACAGAGCACACUACGGAAAUCCCGACUUUCAUCCCGAAGAGUACGUUCCGGAUGAGGAGCAGUGGGAGAGGCGUGGUGGUCGCGCAAAGGCGAGGAGCAACUCGUGA